AAUAGGUUGUAUUUUAAGCAUUUGGGGGCUGGGUUUUAUUGUGGUAUUCUGAAAAAAAUAGCUAAAACGGGGUCACUUUGUUGUGUGGCUUCACGGCCACAUGGAUCAAGUGCAGACAGUAGGGACUGGUCAUUGGGUUCGCAUGAGCCUUACUGGAGAACUAACACGAGCUAUUCACCACCUCCAUCGAGGUGGGAUUUUAGAUUCCAGUCUGAAGGGUUGCCUUAUAAUUUGAAUGAUCAGCUCUAUGACGGGUCUUCUACAUCAUCAGAUGGUAAAGAAAGUAUGACUUUGGUCAGAGGCAACCAUCUAUAUGAUCUUCACUAUUCCGUGUCAGAUGGAACUGGAAUUUUACUUAGCAGUUGUCCGUCUGACCUUUCUCAGGGUCCUCAGUGGGUGCCUCCAGCAAUACAAGAAAUAAGUAUUGAUGAUUAUGAGGCUGUGAUCAGAAAAGAUCCUCGUCCUUUAGGCCGGCUCUCUUUUACACCUGCCAAGGAGGGAACUUCCGAAAAUCCCAACAAUAGAGGCUCCACUUCAACCCAAUCAGAAAGUAGCGAGUCCGAGUCUACUACAAAUUCCCGAUUGUCCUCUCGGAGGAAUUUCUCUAAUCACCGUUCUUUCAUCUCUAAACCCAUUCAUCCUUUGUCAUUUCCAGACCUGACAACUACUAGGGAUGCCUUUGAUCCUGCUGCUCCAGAUUAUACACGGUUUGAUACUUCUAAUUCACUCAGAGGCAGCCGGCGCUCAAGUAAUGCCAGCAGUAGUCAGGAUUCUGUAGAUGUGACUGAGUCAUUUGAAUUAGAAACACAUUCUUAUCCAAAUACUCAUUCAGUUGGAUUUAGAUGCGGCCUGUGUGAAAAAUUUCUAUCGCAAAGAUCACCUUGGAGUUUGCGCCGUAUUGUGAGAAGCGGAGACAUGCCUGCAGCUGGGGUUCUUCCUUGUUGUCAUGUUUUUCAUGCUGAGUGUUUGGAGCAGACAACAUCAAAGGCAAGGAAAAUUGAACCGCUUUGCCCCGUGUGUGUCAAAUUAGAGGAGCAAUAUUCUCCUGAUCAACGAGUUGUUUUAAGAUCGAGGAGUGGUUUUCCUAAGUUUAACUCAGAAACUGAGGAUGGACCCUCAAGAACACGGGACUGUGCAGAGGAAGGCGAUUGUGUCGGAGGAGCUCUGCCUCUGCAUCCACCGCCACACAAUGCCAUGUUCCUACUAAAUCGAAACCGCAUCAUAAAAAACAUUUCUUUGAGGGGUAAUUUAAGCAAGGAAUUUCCAGGCAAGGUGAAGAAAACCGGUGUCUAUUCUUCACAGCUGUUUACUGGCAGCUCAGCUGAUAUGGAAGUUGGUGUUUACUCGAAGGCAAAAGCCGGUUCAAGUAUUGAAAGUUAAUAAAAUAAUUCUGAACACCCAUUCCUUGAACUUCAGAAGCUGACUUUCCCACGGUAGUUGAUCUAAAAUCUAUGAUAUUGAUUCCUAACCCGGUUAUGGUUUUGUAUAUUGAUUUGUUACACUUUUAUUAGAAGCCACACUUGGAACUUGAUAUUAUUUUUCCUAUUUUAUUAAUUUGAGUUUUGAUCUUUACA